CUUGUGAUGCGUGAAGGGAGUAAUGUAGUCCACAGGCCGCACGAUAAUGACGGAAAUUGAUGCAUUUACUAGUCCGAGACUCUAGUGAUGUUUGGACUUUGACAUCCUGUUGUAUGGAGCAUGAUACACUGAUUUCAGUAUCGCUAUUAAAAAUGAGUGACCAACUUAAAUUUAUUGUGGAAAGACUAAACAAGGAGCCAUUCAAGAAGAACCUGAACUUAAUAACAUUUGAUUCGCUGGAGCCCAUGCAGCUGUUACAAGUCCUGAGUGAUGUUCUUGGAGAAAUCGACCCAAAGCAUUCCAUUGAUAUUCGUGAAGAAAUGCCAGAUCAAACAGCUAAGAGGAUGUUGAACAUUUUAAGUAUUCUGAAGUAUAAACCUGCAGGAGACAUGAGCACGUUUCGCCAAGGUCUGGUUGUUGGAAGUAAACCCAUUAUUCACCCAUUAUUAUACUGGCUUCUCCAGAAGACAACUGAAUUAAAGAAGAGAGCAUAUUUGGCCCGGUUUCUGGUUAAAAUGGAUGUCCCUGCAGAGUUUCUCCAAGAUGACAUUGUUUUUGAGACUCACAAGCAGUAUGAAGAAUUGAUGGAGAACUUCAAAACGCUUCAUAAAGAGUGUGAGCAGCUAAAAACAUCUGGCUUCUCUACUGCAGAGAUAAGACGGGACAUCAGUGCAAUGGAAGAAGAAAAGGACCAGCUAAUGAAGAGAGUUGAGCGUCUUAAAAAGAGGGUGGAGACCGUUCAGAACCAUCAAAGGAUGCUUGCAAUAGCAAGUCAGCUGCGCAUUGAAAAAGAAAGAGAAGAAUCUCUGGCUCAACAGAAGCAGGAGCAGAGAAAUCAGCUUUUUAGCGCAGAGCAAAAGUUGCAAAGAGCCCAGCAACAGUUAAAAAACAUGCGACAUGCAGCAGCAGAUGCAAAACCAGAAGGACUUAUGAAAAGAAUUGAAGAAGAAAUUAAAUUUAAUUCAUAUAUGGUUUCUGAAAAGCUUCCAAAAGAGCUGGAGAACAAGAGACUGGCUCUGAGCUUCAUGCAUAGAGUUGUGAAUGAACAAGUAAUUGACCAGUCUGAUCUCACAGAGCUUGAAGCCAAGAUCCAAGAAGUUAAUGCUGAAAUCAACCAUCUGAUUGAAAAAAGAAUGAGAAAUGAUCCAGUGGACGACAAAUUGACUCUAUAUAGACAGCAGGCAGCUAUCAUUUCACGAAAAAAAGAAACCAAAGCUGAAGAAUUACAGGAAGCAAAAGAAGAAAUUGCCAAUCUGGAGCGAGAAAUAGCACAAAAAUCGAACCAGGCCCGAGACAGUGAUGGCUCUGAAAUAUUAAGAGGCGAUGAGUUCAAGCAAUAUGUUAGCAAACUUCGAGGAAAAAGCUUGGUCUUCAAGAAAAAAAGGCAAGAAUUAGCAGAGCUUACUGCAGAAAAUGGUGUUUUACAACGAACAGAGCAGAUUCUAAAACAACGCCAUGAAAGUAUGCAGCAACAACUGCAAACCAUAGAACAGAAACGGGGAAUAUCUGGAUACACUGACACCCAAGAAGAAUUGGAGAGAGUGUCCGCCUUGAAGAGUGAAGUGGAUGAAAUGAAGGGACGAACACUAGAUGACAUGUCAAACAUGGUGAAGAAGUUAAAUUCCAUCAUAGAAGAAAAAAAAUCUGCAUUGGCCCCAGUUAUAACAGAGCUGAGGCUCUUACGCCAGAAGUGCCAGGAUCUGACCCAGGAGUAUGAUGAAAAGAAAGCGCAAUAUGACAGCUGCGCAGCAGGCCUGGAAAGUAACUGCUCCAAGCUAGAGCAGGAAGUCCGAGGGCUCCAGGAGGAGUGUAGCCAAGCUGAGAUUCAGUAUCAUUACACCAACUUGUUGAAAAAGAUUGCUGAAGUCCAGAUACAGCGAGCAGCAGAUGAGAUGAAAGCCUAUGUCUCUCCAGACUCGCAGGAAAGGAAGAAAGCUCUCAGGGACCAAUAUUCAAAAAAUAUCCAAGAGCAAGAAAAUUUGGGAAAGAAAUUAAGAGAGAAGCAGAAAUCUGUACGAGAAAGCCAUGGGCCUAACAUGAAACAAGUGAAAAUGUGGAAAGAUUUUGAACAGCUGAUCGAAUGUAAGAAAAUGUGUAUUCUGAAACAGCAAAACCAGUCAUCAACUGAGCGCAUUAUUCAGGAACCAGGAGAAGACCGUCUCAUCUUAUAAAUACUCUGUCCAUUUUCCAAUGUCUCUAAAAGAAACAUUUCCAUCUGGGACAUUUAUGGCAUAUCUAUGUUUCCUAUACAGUGUAACACCCCUAUUGGAUUUAUGUAAACUGCAUUUAACAGUCCACUUAGUCCCUCACCACUUCCAGUGGCCAAAGCUGGGCUAGAGUGGACUGGGGGCCCACAAUCUCUAUAUAGAUGCCUGUACCAGACAUUGAUCAGCAUCUACCAAGCACUUAUGCUGUAUCCUGUGAAUAUGCCAUUGUUGUCCCAAAUGAGAAUACCCUUUUAAACUAUACAUAUAUUACUAUAUAUAUAUAUAUAUAUAUAUAGUAUAUGUGUAACUGUAUGUAAUAAAUAUGUAUUUAAGAUAUAGAAUAAAUGAAUAGAAUUGGUAGCGCUGCUAGGGACUUACUAAAAUUGGAUGCGGUAGAAAAUUAUAUAAAUAGACAAAAAUUAUUGUGUUAAAGAAAGGUAAUGUGCAAUGUAAACCAUUAUCACAGACAGUCCAUAUCGCUACUUAAGUGUUACCGCUGUGUUUGUAUGGUCACAGUUGGAGUUGCGGUUAUUCUUUCACAGUUACGUUAUUUAAUUAGUACCUGGUGUAUGUAGUUCCUGUAAAGUCCGGAGGAGUAAGUCCGGUAUCACUGUCAGGAUUCAAGGGGUGGCAGGAGACUGCCCUGGCCGGUGGCGUCUCUACCAUUCCAAACCCCGGCAAAAGGUCCGCCCUUGUGUUCCUGGCGGUUAAGGGUGAUGUCACUACAGGUACCCCUGUCGUUCAAAAGCCCCUCUGACGUAUUUCAAAAGCAUAAAUGGCUUCCUUCAUCCCAAACUAAGUAGGAAUCCCAAUCCAUAUUAGAAGUAUAAAGCAGACUUGGCACUUAUAUGCUGGUGAAUUAGAAAGUAUUUAUUUUGACAGUCCGUAGCAUAGAUUUUGACGUUUCUGUCCUUUCUGGACCUUCCUCAGAAAUG